UUUUAACUUAGAACAACUAAAUCUAAAGAGAACAGUAAUUUGGAUCAUGACUGAGUACGACCUAUCAAUUUUAUUGGGCACACCUAAUGAAAGAAAAGGGAGAAUUUGGAGACUUGUACUAGUUGCGUGGCAUGCAUGCAAACCAUGCUCUCUGGCCACUGGGCGAUAUGCCAAUACCACACGCAUAUCGUUCAUCGCAAAAACUGCAAUUUCGAAACCUCCCCCAACCAACCAAAACGACGUCACGGUCUCACUACGCCGGUAGUUGAACGAACCACGGCAACCCCUGCACCGAAAUCUCACUGAAGCCUAUCUACUCGUACUCGAUCGCCAGAAGCUCGCUCAAGUCUGCUAGCUCACUUAUCAGCACUUUCAUUUGAUCCUCGUCGUCUCUCGGCUAUAUAUAAGAACGAGCCGCGCCUAGCUCUUCUUCCUCGUGUGCCUCAUUUGGAUCCCCAAGAAGGGAUGGCGCGCGUGCACGAGGCCGAGGCACCGAUGGCAUCCAACGACGACGACGACUCCGCGUCGCUCUUGGUCGACGAAUGGUCUCCACCACCAGCAGUAGUCACCCCUGCUCGUGGGUCGUCGUCGUCUCCUUUACGGCGGCUCGGGAAGAAGCAGGCGACGACGAGGCCGGCCACCACCACCACCGCCAGCAGCAGGAGGCACGACGUCAAGAGGUUCAUAUGCUCGCCGUUCGCGGCCGUGUUCCGGGCGAUGUCGUGCGCGCGUGAUGCUGCGAUCCGUACAUGCGACGAGCAGCAGCCAGCAGGCAGCAACAGCGGCGGCACGGGCGCCGGGGUGGUGGCGGCGGAGCGCCGCCGGGAGGCGGCGAGGAGGAGACGGCCAAGCCUCGAGCAGCUCCUCAGGAUGGAAGCGCCGCCGCCAGCAUCCGCCCGCCCGCCAGGUCAUCAGCAGCAGCGCAAGCUGCUGGCCGGCAAACCACGAGAAGCGGCGGCGGCGGCUCCGUACGAGGUGAUCUCUUCCUGCACCGCCGUGAAGGGGAGUAAUAAAGAGCAGCAGGAGCCGUUAUUCCCCUCGCCUCAAAGUCAUCUCGUGGCUGCUGUCUCCUCCGACGACGGCGAUGAACGGCGGCGGCGAACCACGAUCGUGCCCGCCGUGAAGUUGGAGGCCGGCGGCCCCGGCCGGCAAACGAACGCGAAAAGGCUGGUGGUCGUCUUCGCGUCGUCUCUGCGGGCGUGCUCACGGGCUCCGAGGAUCAACGACGGGAAGGUGGCCGCGGCAGGCCGUGCUCCCGGCAAGGCGGAGCUGUUCUAUUAUCGGCCCAUUCCCAUGGGGCGGAGGUGCCGGGUUCAGCAUCUGGAGGAGUCUCCUUACAGUGGUGACCUGUCGUCGCUGCUCGACCUUGGACAGAUGUGAGGUGCUGGUGCAUGGACGCAUGGGUUUCCCCGGCCGGACAGGAAUAUAGGCGAACAGCCAUGCACACUUCGUACUCAUAUAUAUACAAUAUACUACAAAUGUACGUUCCUUGUAUUUUUCCAGCUGUGUAUGUUAGUAUUUUUAUUUACAUUAUACAUAAAAAUCUGUCAUCAUCCACGUGAGA